GCGCGGAGGAUUUCCUGUGUUUGGCGCGGAAGGAUCUGUGCGCGCGCGGUUGAAUUUGUGGAGAUUUCCUGUGGAGGUGGAGUGAUACGCGAGUCGUGCGUCUCUAAACGCUUUCAAUGCGAGUCAAUGUGAAUUCUGCACCUCUGGACGAAACAUGGCGACGUCGCUGCAUGAUGGACCCGCUAACCAGCUCGAUCUGCUUAUCCGAGCAGUGGAAGCAUCAGUUCAUGGCUCUGUACAGUGCUCUGACAAAACCAUUGAGGCUGCUGAAGCUCUUCUACACAUGGACUCUCCCUCCAGCUUGCGUGGGGACCGGAGCCCAGAGGUAUUUGUGCCUCCAUGUGUCAACACUUCGGAGUUCCUGCAUGCUGCCAUGCGACCUGAUGUGCUGACAGAGACCGUAGUGGAGGUCAGCACAGAGGACUCGGAGCCCAUGGAGGUGGUUACGGUUUUUCAGGAGCCUGAGAUGCUGGAGAUGGAACCCACCAAAAGAAGAAAAUGUGAGAACAUGAACAUUGGCAAAGCUGGGCGGAAACCCAAACCCCAUCACAUUUCAAAUGGAUCUCCAGACCUGGGCAUCAAGAAGAAGUCGAGAGAAGGGAAAGGUAUGUCUCAUACAUUGUGUUAUAUGCAUGAUAUGCUUAAUCAAUGGGUGAGGAAACAUCUGGGUCAUAUUUAACUGCAAAAUCAAAAAGGAACUGUAAUGUAAUGUACUAUAAUCCAAUUUUUUUCUCAUUACUUUGAUGUAUUU